CUGUUUUCGUAUAUCCUUAUUACUUUGCUUGUUAGGCAUUCUUAAUUGUUUAUUGUAGUUCUAGGAACAAAGGCAACAGAAGCUCAAAUAUAUUUUAUCUAAUUUGCGCUGACCAGUGAUGGAUUUGUGUGUUCUAACUUACAGUGCAUCUUGCACAAAAAAUGGAGAAGCGAGAGCUGACAUUGAGCAGUUUCGAUGCUCCUUUCGUGCCUCAUGGGAAGUUUGGAUGUAGAAGUUCUCACAUUUCUCAAACUCGAGAAAAUGAGGAUGUUCCAGCUCACAGUUUCAGCUUCGACAAGAGAGUGGAGACCUCGCGUGGUGGAACUGUCAUUCGCAAAACUAAAUCACUGAAUGCUCAAUUCUUGAUCAACGUCGAUGGCCUCAUCAAUAAUGCUGCAGGAAGCUUUCAUCAGAUGGAUUCCAACGUUAAUGGUUCCUCUAUCAAGGAAUUAAGAUAUUCCCUUUCAUUCACUGCACCCACCUCGCUCUCACAGGAACUCUCAGAUGUCUUGAAACUGCCAGGUCCAAAGUGCGAAGAUGGAGCAUCUGAUGUUUCUGCAGAGGAGGGAUCAGAAUCAUGCCAGUGGACAAGAAUGCAAAUGGAACCAACCUUGCCAAUACAUCUCAAGUUUGAAGAUGUGAAAUACAACGUGCCGUUGAGAGGUGAGAAGUCUUCAGGAGAAGGCAAAUACAUUCUGCAUGGUAUUACUGGUUCGGUACGCCCAGGAGAGAUUCUUGCUUUAAUGGGACCAUCAGGAGGUGGUAAAACAACACUACUUAAUAUCUUGAGCGGAAGGACCAGGUUUAACAGUGGUUCCAUCACUUACAAUGACAGACCAUAUACCAAAUCACUAAAGAAGAGGAUUGGAUAUGUAACGCAAGACGAUGUCGUGUUCCCUCAUCUUACAGUCAAGGAAACUCUCACAUAUGUAGCUUUGCUUCGUCUCUCGAAGGAUCUCUCAAUAACACAGAAAAAAGAGAGGGUUAUGAAUGUUUUAAGUGAACUAUGCCUCGAAAGAUGCCAAGAUACAGCAAUUGGCGGCAAUUUUAUUAGAGGGGUUUCUGGGGGUGAGAGAAAAAGGGUCUGCAUUGGUACAGAAAUCCUACUCAACCCAUCACUCUUGUUCUUAGAUGAACCAACAUCUGGUCUAGAUUCAACCACAGCAUCACGAAUUGUUCAGAUCCUUCAAAACAUCUCUAAAGAGGGAAAGACAGUGGUGACAACAAUACACCAGCCGUCAAGUAAGCUGUUCAGCAUGUUUGACAAGUUGAUUCUGUUGGGAAAAGGCAGCACCUUGUACUUUGGAAAAGCAUCUGAUGCAAUGAUGUAUUUCUCCUCUAUUGGUUGUUCUCCAUUGAUAGCCAUGAACCCUGCAGAAUUCCUCAUUGACCUUGCAAAUGGCAACAUGAAAGAGAAAUCUGUCCCUUCAGAACUUGAGGAUAAGUUCCAUUAUGGAAUCAAAACACUCGACCUAAAAAACAAGACACCCUCCCCAGUUGAAGUCCACGAGUUUCUUGUCAAGUCCUACGAAAUAAGGCUUGCAAAAAGAGAGAAAGCAAUGCUUCUCGAACCUGUGACAAUAAAGGGAGAUCAGAGUGGGAUGCAAGGCAGUCCAUUCCUGAGGGACUUUGGAGCAACUUGGUCUCAACAAUUUUGCAUUCUCUUCAUGAGGGGCAUUAGGCAGAGGCGUCAUGAGUACUUCAGCUGUUUGCGCGUAACUCAAGUAAUAUCAACUGCAAUAAUUGUUGGACUACUUUGGUGGCACUCUGGUGCUUCUUCUUCCAGGAGUCUCCAUGAUCAGGCAGGGCUGCUGUUCUUUCUUUCAGUGUUCUGGGGCUUCUAUCCUCUGUUUAGUGCCAUCUUCAUGUUCCCACAAGAAAGAGCAAUGCUGGUGAAAGAGAGAUCGAUUGACAUGUAUAAACUAAGUGCCUACUUCUUAGCUAAAAACACCAGUGAUGUUCCAAUGGAGCUUCUAAUGCCUCUAGUGUUCAUGGUGAUUGUGUAUUUCAUGGUCGGCUUGAAGCUACAAUUCUCUGCAUUUUUUCUCACCAUCCUCACAAUUUUUGUGAGUGUUCUAGCGGCUCAGGGUCUGGGACAAACCAUAAGCGCAGCAUUUCUAGAUGUGAAGAAAGCUACUACUCUAGCCUCAAUCGUGGUCAUGACCUUCAUGCUAACUGGUGGAUUCUUUAGCCAACAAGUCCCAAGGUUUAUGUCAUGGGUGCGCUACGUGUCUUUCAACUACCACACUUACAGGUUGCUUUUGAAAAUUCAGUAUGGCUGUGUGGGUUCAACUUCUGCAUCAGGUUGCAGUGAAUCUACUUUAGUGGAAAAUAGUGAAACUAAAUUCGGGAGAGAACUGGAAGUUGGUGCUAUGAUAAUCAUGAUUAUUACGUAUCGGCUAAUAGCGUAUUUAUUUCUUUGGAGAAUGAAUAUAAGGACUAAUUGAUGCUCAUCAGAAAUCAAGCGCGCGCGCUCUAGCUUGUGAAGCCAAUUUUCAGGCUUAAAAUAUUCUGUGUUGGGCCAAGUUCACAUGGCAUUCAUAUGGCCGUAGCUUUUAGAAUGAGGUGGACUUAAUGAAUCGAACGGGACCGAUUCUAUUUCUCAACUCUUUAGAUUUUCUGGCUCAUUUAUAAGUUGUUCGUUGACUUGUACUCGGUGAUUGAAUAAGAACUUUUUAGUGAUAUGUAUUUGAAAAUUGUCAAUCCCAACCGAGUUUGUCAAA